AUGCAGUACUCCGUCAUCAUCAUUGCUUUCGCCGCCGCGGCUGUCUCCGCCAUGCCAAAGGGCCUCAUGGCUGGCUCUCAGGGCAGCUGCAAUGUCAACAGCGUUGUCUCCUGCUGUGACACCACCCAGGCCAUCACUGGCAGCACCAUCCUUGGUGGCAGCUGUGCCGUCAACGUCCCAGCUCUUGGCAACAAUUGCGAGACUGGCUCAGCAUACUGCUGCGAAGCUACCCAGGUCGGCCUCCUCAACGUCAACGCUGGCUGCACCCCAAUUGAUGUCCUAUAA